GAAGAGAGAACGGGGGCCGCUGUGCAGUUUGCAGCAAUGGCAGAGCUAGAGGAGGGGGAGGGAUGCAGCUCGGGCCAGAGAGGGCUUUCUUCGCCUCGGCUCCAGCGGAUGGUCGCCGUUUCUCGCUAGCUGAGCAGACGGCCUCGCCGCCGCCCGUGCCGGGACCAAGCAGCGUUUCCCGCAGAACAGCACCGCCAUGUCGACCAAAGCAGAGCAAUUUGCUUCCAAGAUCCGAUACUUGCAAGAGUACCAUAAUCGUGUCCUUCACAACAUUUAUCCUGUCCCCUCUGGAACUGACAUUGCAAAUACUCUGAAAUACUUUUCUCAGACAUUACUAAGCAUUUUGUCCCGCACAGGGAAGAAGGAGAAUCAAGAUGCCUCCAAUUUGACAGUGCCCAUGACCAUGUGUCUUUUUCCUGUGCCAUUCCCACUCACCCCAUCUCUAAGACCACAGGUCAGUUCCAUCAACCCUACUGUUACUCGCUCCCUCCUUUACAGCGUCCUGCGAGAUGCUCCCACUGAACGCGGCCAGCAAAGUCGGGAUGCUCAGUUAUCUGACUACCCAUCAUUGGACUAUCAAGGACUAUACGUGACAUUGGUGACUCUGCUGGAUCUAGUUCCUUUGCUACAACAUGGUCAACAUGAUCUCGGACAGUCCAUUUUUUAUACAACCACAUGUUUGCUACCUUUUCUCAAUGAUGACAUCUUGAGUACUUUACCGUAUACAAUGAUCUCUACUUUAGCUACAUUCCCACCGUUUCUGCACAAAGAUAUCAUAGAGUAUCUCAGCACAUCAUUCUUGCCCAUGGCAAUAUUGGGCUCUUCAAGAAGAGAAGGGGUACCUGCUCAUGUUAAUCUUUCUGCAUCUUCAAUGCUAAUGAUUGCGAUGCAGUAUACAUCCAAUCCUGUGUAUCACUGUCAGUUACUGGAAUGUCUUAUGAAACACAAACAAGAAGUAUGGAAAGACUUGCUAUAUGUAAUAGCAUAUGGCCCAUCACAAGUAAAACCACCUGCAGUACAAAUGCUUUUCCACUACUGGCCCAACUUAAAACCUCCUGGGGCAAUAAGUGAAUAUCGAGGACUACAGUACACGGCAUGGAAUCCCAUUCAUUGUCAGCACAUUGAAUGCCAUAAUGCAAUUAACAAGCCAGCUGUGAAGAUGUGCGUAGAUCCUUCUUUAUCUGUGGCUUUGGGUGAUAAACCACCCCCUCUCUAUCUUUGUGAAGAAUGCAGCCAAAGGAUUGCAGGGGAUCACAGUGAAUGGUUGGUUGAUGUUCUUUUACCACAAGCUGAAAUUUCUGCUAUAUGUCAAAAAAAGAAUUGCAGUUCACACGUUAGGAGGGCUGUUGUGACGUGUUUCUCUGCUGGCUGCUGUGGUCGCCAUGGUAACAGGCCAGUGCGUUACUGCAAAAGAUGCCACUCAAAUCAUCACAGCAGUGAAGUUGGGGCAACAGCAGAGACCCACCUAUAUCAGACAUCACCACCUCCUAUCAAUACCCGUGAAUGUGGGGCUGAGGAAUUAGUCUGUACAGUGGAAGCUGUCAUCAGCCUGCUGAAAGAGGCUGAAUUCCAUGCUGAGCAAAGGGAGUAUGAGCUCAACCGCAGGAGGCAGCUGGGCCUGUCCUCCUCACAUCAUUCUUUGGACAACACAGAUUUUGAUAACAAAGAUGAUGACAAGCAUGAUCAGCGGCUUCUGAGCCAGUUUGGAAUCUGGUUCCUGGUUAGCCUCUGCACCCCUAGUGAGAAUACUCCCACAGAGAGUUUGGCUCGGCUGGUCAGCAUGGUUUUCCAGUGGUUCCACUCCACAGCAUACAUGAUGGAUGAUGAAGUUGGCAGCCUAGUGGAGAAACUCAAACCCCAAUUUGUCACCAAAUGGCUGAAAACUGUGUGUGAUGUUAGGUUUGAUGUCAUGGUGAUGUGCCUUCUUCCUAAACCAAUGGAGUUUGCAAGGGUGGGUGGAUAUUGGGAUAAGUCCUGUAGCACUGUGACCCAAUUAAAGGAAGGUCUGAAUCGGAUCCUUUGCUUAAUUCCAUAUAAUGUAAUCAAUCAACCUGUGUGGGACUGUAUUAUGCCAGAAUGGCUGGAAGCCAUCAGGACUGAGGUGCCAGACAAUCAACUGAAGGAAUUCAGGGAAGUAUUAAGUAAAAUGUUUGAUAUAGAGAUGUGCCCACUCCCUUUUUCUAUGGAGGAGAUGUUUGGCUUCAUAAGCUGUCGGUUCACAGGAUAUCCAUCCUCUGUACAAGAACAAGCUCUGCUCUGGCUUCAUGUGUUAUCUGAAUUAGACAUUGUAGUUCCACUUCAGUUGGUAAUCAGUAUGUUUUCUGAUGGUGUUAAUUCUGUGAAAGAACUGGCAAAUCAAAGAAAAUCAAGAGUCAGUGAGCUAACUGGGAAUCUUGCAGCUCGAAGGGUGAGCAUUGCCUCUGAUCCAGGACGCAGAGUCCAGCAUAAUACACUGAGUCCAUUCCCAAGUCCAUUUCAGAGUCCAUUUCGCAGCCCAAUGCCCAGCCCUUUCAAAAAUUUUGGACAUCCUGGAGGAGGAAGAACCAUUGACUUUGACUGCAAUGAUGAUGAAAUGAAUUUGAGUUGCUUCAUCCUGAUGUUUGAUCUCAUCUUGAAGCAGAUGGAAUUACAAGAUGAUGGCAUUACCUUGGGCUUGGAGAACAGCAUAUCCAAAGACAUAAUUUCUAUCAUCAACAAUGUGUUCCAGGCCCCCUGGGGUGGCUCUCAUAUUUGUCAAAAAGAUGAGAAGGCAGUAGAAUGUAGUUUGUGCCAGUCUAGUAUCUUGUGCUAUCAGCUGGCUUGUGAGCUCUUGGAAAGACUAGCCCCAAAAGAAGAAAUCAGACUGGUGGAACCGACAGAUAACUUGGAGGACAGUCUUCUUGAUCCCAAACCAGAGUUCAUUAUAGGAACUGAAGGGGAUGUAGAAAACAAAUCUGCCCCAAAGCACGGAGAAAAUCCAGGGAACCACACAGAAACAACAGAAAAUACAGCGCCCAUAAAAAAUGACACGGAAAGGAAAUUUUGUUACCAGCAGCUCCCAGUGACACUGAAACUCAUAUAUACAUUAUUACAGGAAAUGGCACAUUUUGAAGAGCCAGAUAUUCUCUUUAACAUGCUGAACUGCUUGAAGAUUCUCUGCCUUCAUGGGGAAUGUUUAUACAUUGCAAGGAAGGACUAUCCUCAAUUCCUAGCCUACAUUCAGGAUCAUAUGCUGAUUGCCAGCUUAUGGAGAGUUGUAAAAUCGGAGUUCUCCCAGCUUUCUUCACUAGCAGUGCCACUCCUUCUCCAUGCUCUUUCACUGCCACAUGGAGCUGAUAUUUUCUGGACAAUCAUCAAUAGCAACUUCAAUAGCAAAGACUGGAAAGUUAGAUUUGAAGCAGUAGAGAAAGUAGCAGUUUUGUGUAGAUUCCUGGAUAUUCAUUCAGUGACCAAAAACCAUCUACUGAAAUAUUCUUUGGCACAUGCCUUUUGUUGUUUUCUGACUGCUGUGGAGGAUGUCAAUCCAGCUGUGGCCACCAGAGCAGGUCUUCUCUUAGACACCAUAAAAAGGCCAGCCUUGCAGGGACUAUGUCUUUGUCUUGAUUUCCAGUUUGAUACUGUAGUCAAGGACAGACCCACUAUUCUUAGCAAGCUUUUGCUGCUCCAUUUUCUCAAGCAAGACAUUCCAGCGUUGAGCUGGGAAUUCUUUGUGAAUCGGUUUGAGACACUCUCUCUUGAGGCACAACUUCACUUGGACUGCAACAAGGAAUUUCCCUUCCCAACAACAAUCACAGCUGUCCGGACAAAUGUUGCCAACUUAAGUGAUACAGCAAUGUGGAAGAUCAAGAGAGCUCGGUUUGCUCGGAAUCGACAGAAGAGUGUGCGUUCUUUGAGGGACAGUGUGAAAGGUCCAGUGGAGUCCAAGAGGGCACUUUCUCUUCCAGAAACCUUAACAACCAAAAUCCCAGCCAGGCUGACCAGACAGGAACAGUCUGCCCCAGCCCUUGGUGGUACACCAGAAGAAACACAAGGGCAGCCUUCUCCAGAGAAUGAUAAUACCAUAAAGGACCUUCUCCCAGAGGAUGCUGGCAUUGAUCAUCAAACAGUCCACCAACUCAUUACUGUGCUGAUGAAGUUUAUGGCAAAGGAUGAGAGUAGUGCAGAAUCAGAUAUCAGCAGUGCUAAAGCCUUCAAUACAGUCAAGCGCCAUUUAUAUGUCUUGCUGGGCUACGAUCAACAGGAAGGGUGCUUCAUGAUUGCACCUCAGAAGAUGCGUCUUUCAACCUGCUUUAAUGCUUUUAUUGCAGGAAUUGCACAAGUGAUGGAUUACAACAUUAACCUAGGGAAGCACCUUCUUCCUUUGGUGGCUCAGGUGCUGAAGUACUGCACGUGCCCUCAGCUUAGACAUUACUUCCAGCAGCCCCCCCGCUGUUCCCUCUGGUCCCUUAAGCCUCACAUUCGACAGAUGUGGCUGAAGGCCCUGCUUGUCAUCCUAUAUAAGUAUCCCUACAGAGAUUGUGAUAUCAGUAAAAUUGUGUUGAAUCUCGUCCAUAUAACCAUCAACACAUUAAAUGCCCAGUAUCACAGCUGCAAGCCUCAUGCCACAGCAGGUCCUUUGUAUAGUGACAACAGCAAUGCAAGCCGGUACAGUGAGAAAGAAAAAGCAGAGGAAGACAGUGUCUUUGAUGAAUCUGACAUUCAUGAAACACCCACUGGAACAGGCAAUAAAGAAUCACAAACCUUCUUUGCAAGGCUGAAAAGAAUUGGAGGCAGCAAAAUGGUGAAAUAUCAGCCAGUUGAGAUGAAUGCUCAAAGAAGUGAAAUAGAACUUGCUGAAUAUAGAGAAACUGGCAUAUUGCAAGACAAUAUUCUGCGCUGUAUGAGAGAAGAAAGCAUUCAGAAAAAGAAACUGCGCUCUCUAAAACAAAAAUCUCUUGACAUAGGAAAUGCAGACUCCCUGUUGUUUACAUUAGAUGAGCACCGUCGAAAAUCAUGCAUAGACCGCUGUGACUUAGAGAAGCCACCUGCCGCUUCCACUUACACCACACAGAGGCAGAAUGAUUAUGGACGACCACAGCAAAAUUCUUCCACCAGAAUAGAAGAACAGGAUAUAGGAGAGAAGGAAAAUAUCCCAGCCAUCCCAGAGAGAAGUCAAACAAGGCGAAGACCUAUCAUACCAGAAGUCAGGUUAAACUGCAUGGAACCCUAUGAAGUGAAUGUAGAUUCCCCAGCUAAAACUUCUCCUUCAAAGGAGGACUUGGAUCUCAUAGAUCUGUCCUCUGAUUCAAUGUCAGGGCCCGAAAAGCAAUCUGUUGUUUCCAAUUCAGAUAGUGACUCCUUGGUUUUUGAGCCACUUCCUCCUCUUAGAAUAGUGGAAAGUGAUGAGGAAGAGACUGAUAUCACAAGUCGGCUGCAUGAUGGUGACUCUGGGGUGACAGUCGCCUCCUCUCCAUCAAGUCCUACCAGUGUUUCCAUCCUCAGCCUCAGCAUAACUCCACUUGUGCAGUUCAGCAUUGAAGAUUGCUCCAAAGCCAUAACCCCUUGUGAAAUAAGUCAUCUGGUAUCAUUUGCACAAGACAAAACUCCCUCAACUACUCCUGAAAGUCAAAAGGAUGUUGAUGAGCUAGCUAAGCCAGAAGAUGUUCAAGGGAUACCUCCUGGCAGCCCCCUGACACUAAAGCAAAAACGGGAUAUGCUGCAAAAAUCAUUUGCUCUCACAGAGAUGUCCAUUGAUGAUAACUCUGAAUUAUGCAUAGAAGAAAUUAAGCCCAUUGGACCCUUUCCGAGUUCAAAUGAGAAAACUGUCUUCAUUAAGGUCCCUGAGGACUCUGAUAGCCAAGCUGAAAGUCAAAAGCCUGAUGCCAGUGCAGAAUCUGAUACAGAACAAAGUACAGAACAAAAGCAAGAGGAGGAAGCCGAAGAGUCGGAAUUUAAGAUCCAAAUAGUUCCUAGACAGAGGAAGCAGAGGAAGAUUGCUGUGAGUGCCAUCCAGAGAGAAUACCUGGAUAUUUCCUUCAACAUCUUAGAUAAGCUGGGAGAACAGAAAGAAACAGAUGUAUCAGCUAAAGUACUUUCAACCUUAGAAAUGCCAAGGGAGUCGUCUUCUGCUCCGACACUUGAAGCAGGUGUACCAGAGAUAAGUAGCCACUCUUCCAUGUCAACUCAGUUCCGACAGAUGAAAAGAGGUUCUUUGGGUGCACUGACCAUGAACCAGUUAAUGAAGAGGCAGCUGGAACAUCAGUCUAGUGCUCCUCAUAAUAUUAGCACGUGGGACACUGAACAGAUACAGCAUGGGAAGAGGCCGUGCAAUGUCUCAGUAUGCUUAAACCCUGACCUGGAGGGACCACCACUAAGAAUACGAGGAACCACAAAAUCAAGCUUGCUGUCAGCACCUAGUAUAGUUAGUAUGUUUGUACCCGCACCAGAAGAUUUUAUUGAUGACCAGCCUACCAUGAUGACUGACAAAUGCCAUGACUGUGGAGCCAUCCUGGAGGAGUAUGAUGAAGAAACACUGGGUCUGGCCAUAGUAGUUCUCUCCACAUUCAUCCAUCUCAGCCCAGAUCUGGCUGCUCCUUUGUUGCUGGAUAUCAUGCAAUCUGUAGGAAGGCUGGCUUCAAGUACCAAUUUUUCUAAUCAAGCAGAAAGUAUGAUGAUUCCAGGGAAUGCUGCAGGUGUGGCCAAGCAGUUUCUCCGUUGUAUUUUCCAUCAGCUAGCUCCCAAUGGUAUAUUUCCACAGCUGUUUCAGAGCAACAUCAAGGAUGGAAGCUUUUUACGGACCUUGGCCACCUCUCUUAUGGAUUUCAGUGAACUGAGUUCCAUAGCUGCAUUGAGUCAACUCUUAGAGGGCUUAAACAACAAAAAGAAUUUGCCAGCAGGAGGUGGAAUGUUACGCUGCUUGGAAAACAUUGCUACAUUCAUGGAAGCUCUGCCAAUGGAUUCCCCAAGCAAUCUUUGGACUACGAUCAGCAAUCAGUUUCAGACUUUCUUUACCAAGCUACCAUGUGUUUUGCCCCUUAAGUGUUCAUUAGAUUCCAGUGUAAGGAUAAUGAUCUGUUUGCUGAAGAUUCCCACCAGUAGCGCUGCCAGGAGUCUGCUGGAGCCAUUUUCAAAAUUGCUGAGCUUUGUCAUUCAGAAUGCCAUCUUUACCCUGGCUUAUUUGAUUGAACUGUGUGGCUUAUGUCACCGAGCUUUCACAAAGGAAAGGGAUAAGUUCUAUUUAUCCCGCAGUGUCAUCUUAGAGUUACUGCAAGCUCUGAAGUUAAAGUCACCUUUGCCAGACACCAAUCUGCUGCUCUUGGUCCAGUUUGUUUGCGCAGAUGCUGGGACAAAGCUAGCUGAAUCAAUGAUCUUACACAAGCAAAUGAUUGCUUCUCUCCCUGGAUGUGGAACAGCAGCAAUGGAAUGCAUGAGGCAGUACAUUGGUGAAGUUUUGGAUUUUAUUGCUGACAUGCAUACUUUGACCAAAUUAAAGAGUCACAUGAAAACCUGUUCCCAGCCAUUGCAUGAGGAUACUUUUGGUGGACAUCUCAAAGUGGGCUUAGCACAGAUUGCUGCAAUGGAAAUCUCACGGGGCAACCACAGGGAUAACAAGGCUGUGGUUCGUUACUUGCCUUGGCUGUACCAUCCUCCCUCUGCAAUGCAACAAGGGCCCAAAGAAUUCAUUGAAUGUGUGUCUCAUAUUCGGCUACUCUCCUGGCUACUGUUGGGGUCUCUGACACAUAAUGUUGUCUGUCCAAAUUCCCCUUCAGCUUGUAUGCCCAUUCCACUGGAUGCAGGUUCCCAUGUCGCUGAUCACCUAAUUGUGAUCCUGAUUGGGUUUCCAGAGCAGUCUAAGACAUCUGUCUUGCAUAUGUGUUCUCUCUUCCAUGCCUUUAUAUUUGCUCAGCUGUGGACAGUAUAUUGUGAACAAGCCGCAGUUGCUCCUACAGUCCAAAAUCAAAAUGAAUUUAGUUUCACAGCAGUCCUCACAGCUCUGGAAUUUUGGAGCCGAGUAACACCAAGUAUCCUCCAGCUGAUGGCACAUAACAAGGUGAUGGUAGAAAUGGUGUGUCUCCAUGUGAUCAGUUUAAUGGAGGCUUUGCAAGAAUGUAAUUCCACUAUCUUUGUCAAGCUCAUCCCAAUGUGGCUACCAAUGAUUCAAUCCAAUCUAAAGCAUUUAUCUGCUGGUCUCCAGCUCCGCCUGCAAGCUAUUCAGAACAAUGUGAACCAUCAUAGCCUUAGAAUGUUACAGGGAUCCGUUCAGAUGAACACUAACACCUCUGUCCUCCGCAAGUGGCUGCAGUGUACCCAGUUCAAAAUGGCUCAAGUGGAAAUCCAGUCAUCGGAAGCAGCAUCUCAGUUUUAUCCUUUAUGAGUUGGAUGGAAUGUUCUGAGAACCUGUUAGUCUAGCAAUAAUAGGGCUAAAGCUAUAAGGCAAAAGGCCAUCUUUAGAAACCAUAUAACAGUACUGUAGCUACAUUUUUGUUUUGGUCUUGUAGAGAGAAGAAAGUCAAAUGGCUAAAGAUAGUGGGCUGGCUGUGUCCAUCAGUAACCAAAAGCAUGUUCUGGCUGAUGCGUAAGAGACAUAAAAUUUCCUCUCUGAAAUGAGAGGUUUGCUCAUUGAAGCCUGAGCCGAUGCAUAUAGCAAGCUGUUUAAAUACAUGUAUUUGAAAAUAUUCAUUUAUUAAAGAAAAUGACUGUUUUCCCUGUUAGGAUUUAUAUACACACAUGCACAGGUGUGUUUGUGUGUGUGUGUGUACA